AUGACGAGAGAUACCGCAUCUAAGCCGAAGCUGCCCGUGCAGCAGCUGGCAAUUCUAGCCGUUGCUAGAUUCGCAGAGCCUUUGGCAUACACAUCGGUAUGGCCUUACCUGCCGGAAAUGAUUCGAGGCUUUGGCGUCAAGCGUGACGAGGUAGCAAAAUGGGCUGGCGUCACUUCCUCUGUAUUCUCUAUUUGCCAAAGCAUCACGGCCGUUCCGUGGGGCAAGGCGUCCGACCGGUUUGGCAGAAAACCAGUGCUCAUCUAUGGUCUCAUCAGCACCAUGAUCUGCUUCAUAAUAUGGGGCAUGUCAACGAGUCUUACCAUGGCCAUUACCAUAAGAGCAAUCAUGGGUGGUGGAAACGGUAACGUCGGCAUCAUCAGAACCAUGGUGGCUGAAAUGGUCACGGAAAAGGAGCUCCAGCCAAGAGCCUUCUCCAUCAUGCCUCUCGUCUGGUCUCUUGGCUCAGUCGUCGGCCCUGCCUUUGGUGGAUUCUUCGCCCAGCCCGCCAAGCAGUUUCCCAACGUAUUUGGUGACAUUGAGCUCUUCAAGAAGUUUCCCUACCUCCUACCGAAUCUCCUGGCCACCAUCUUCUUCCUCAUCUCUGCUAGCAGCGCGACGCUUUUCCUCAAGGAAACGCUUGCCGAUAAACACGGAGAAAAGGACUGGGGCUUGUUGGUCGGAGAGCGCCUCACUCGAGUCUUUCGCCGUCAGCCACAGCUCAUUGCUCAGCGCCGGCAGUCAUUCGUCGAUGGAGAGGCUACGGCACCGCUCGUACCAAGCAGAAUCACACCCAAGAAGCCUACCUCGAAGAGAGUCUCCGCCGGCAUGAAGGAGGUCUUUUCUCGCCAGACCACAAUAAACCUCAUCUCAUAUACGUUCUUGGCCUUUCAUUCGGUUGCGUACGAUCAAAACAUUACCGUCUUCCUGGAUUACCCCGUCAUACCUCGCACUCCUGAGAACACAAAGUUCCCCUUUUACUUUACCGGCGGAUUCGGUCUCAGCUCAGGCACCAUCGGAACGCUUUUCACAAUCUAUGGUAUUACCUGUGGACUGAUUCAAUUUCUCAUCUAUCCUCCCAUGGUGAACCGGUUUGGCGUUCUCAACUGUUUCAAAGUAGUUUCCAUCAUGACACCGUUCGUCUACUUCAUUACACCAUACACUUCAUUACUUCCUACACCUGCGACGCGUUUCGCUGCCAUCCUCUUCGUCAUGAUGAUCAAGGCCUUUGCCAUCAUCAUCGCCUUCCCCUCCACCACGAUCCUCCUGACCAAUUCCGCCACCUCGCUCAGCAUUCUCGGCACCCUCAACGGAUUCGCCACCAUGUUCAGCGGCCUUGGCCGAGCCUUUGGACCCGCCUCCACCGGCCUUGCCUUCUCCUGGGGCGUCGAGCACGGCUACAUCGUCUCCGCAUACUUCUUCCUGGGCAUCGUUGCCGCCAUUGGCGCCAUUCCCGUCUUCAUGAUUGUCGAAGGCGACGGGCCCACAGCUUCAGCGUAUAACAGCGACAACGAAGACAACGAAGACAACGCCAUUGUUCUCGGAGACGAAAGCCCCAUCAACGACUAUGAAGAUGCGUCGGACAACGAGGCCAGUGCAUCAUCCCCUCUCCUUGGCAAAAACCGCCGGGGCAACAACACGUACAAGGCUACAAGUACUGCGAAUAAUUAA